AUGCCAUCGACCAACCAUUCGUCGGCUUCUUACGUCCUCAAAAAGGAAAAGGAAAAAGGAGGAAAGAAAGAGGACGAUAUCUCAUUAUCAAUACAAGCGUAUCACUACUUUCUGACAUCUGAAUCCUUCUAUGAAUUAUCAUUUGAUAAUGAGAAUGUCAAUAUGAGCCAAGACGAUAAGCAAAAGUUGGUGGAGGUCGAGACCGUGAAGAAGUUCGCGUUCUUCGGAAUCGCAGUCUCCACUGUCGCCACAUUGACUGCCAUCGUGGCUGUUCCAAUGCUCUGCAUGUACAUGCAAAACGUUCAAUCUGGACUCCAAGACGAGAUCAACUUCUGCCGUACCCGUUCCGACUCUCUCCGUGGAGAAUACACCAAACUCGACCAAUUCCGUAAGGCCGAGAGCCGUGAAAAGCGUCAAACCUACCAAUGCUGCUCUUGCGGAAUCGGACCAGCUGGAGCCGUCGGAAACCCAGGACAAGACGGAGCCCCAGGAAACGACGGAAGACCAGGAGCUCCAGGAGCCCCAGGACCAGAUGCUCCAAAUGAUCAUGUUCAACCAACUCCAGCCGAUUUCUGCUUCGAAUGCCCACCAGGGCCAGCCGGAAACCCAGGAAACCCAGGACCAAAGGGACCACCAGGACAACCAGGAGCUCCAGGAGAGCAAGGACCAAAUGGACGCCCAGGAACCCCAGGAGCUCCAGGACCACAAGGACCACCAGGAUCUGCCGGACAAGACGGAACUCCAGGACAACCAGGAGCCCCAGGACAAGUCCGCACUGUUCCAGCCCCACCAGGAAACCCAGGACAGCCAGGAGAGCCAGGAGCUCAAGGACCACCAGGAGAGGAUGGACACCCAGGAAACGCCGGACCACAAGGACCACCAGGACCACAAGGAGAGCCAGGACAAGACGGAGCCCCAGGAAACCAGGAGCCCCAGGAGAGGCUGGAGAGCCAGGAAAGGACGGAGCCAAGGGAGGAUGCGAUCACUGCCCAAUCCCAAGAACCGCUCCAGGAUAUUAAUUCUGCUGACUUCUUGCCUAAAUUAUUUUUCCUUCUUCUCUCUACUUUCCGAGUGAUUGUGCGCCACCCCGUAGUUCUCAGCUACUGGGACCUUUCUGACUUCCAAGUACUCCCAGCACACGAGACCUUUUUUUCAGAUUACUCUUUUUCGAUGAAACUACCGACAAACUGA